AUGUAUGUAUUGAAUGAAGGAGAUUGUGGGUUUGUGAGAGCAUUUGAUUGGUGUGCGGUUGCAUUCCGCAUUACAACGAAUGCAUCGCUGUUACCAUCAAAUGAAGCACAUAUGGUUGAUAACAUGGCCAAAGACCAUCCAAUCGGACCAGGUGAUCGAGUGAAACUCGAGGAUCGAAAGGACCAGUUCGGCGCACAAGCAGACGAUGGACGACUGGUAGUGCCUGGUGGGGAGUAUGCAGAAAAUGCGGGUAUGAAUAUUGCUGACUGCUCUAUGAAAAGCACUUUUUGUUAG